AUGAGUCGACCACGCUGGAACGCAUCAACCAAGCCCACGUCGGGCUCCAUGCUCUCACAAUCCUCGGCAGCGCGCAUCUCGUCGUCAACGUCGCGCCAAAAUCGCCACGACCUGCGUCUCAAGGACCAACAACUGCUCGAGCUCCACGACAAGCUCGACACGCUCGAAGCGCGGCAUGCGGCCCAAGUCGCAGCGCUAGCUACGGAGCACGCGGCGAGCUUGUUCCGCGUGCGCACCGAGGCCGCCGAGGCGCAAAAGACGUUGGAAGCUGCCCACCGCGAGCGACUGGACGCACAGGUGCAGCGCGUGGCCGCCCAGGUCAGCGUGCUCACAUUAGAGCUCGCAUCCGUGCGCUCAACCCUCGACGACGCCACGCUCGCGUCCGAAGCCCGGGCGUUCGACGCUCUCCACGCGCUUCAAAACCAGCUGGCAGAAGAUCGCACUGAAGUCGACGCCAACAAGCGUUUAGCGGAAGGCAAGACGAGCGACGACGUUGCCCGCCUCGAGCGGGAGCUCGCAGAAGCCCGUGCCGCUGUACAGGCCGCGCAAGUCGACGCUGCGGAGAGCGCGAACGCCAUGCGUCGAGCACUUGAGCAAAUCACGCGUCUUCAAUCGGAGCUGGCUGAAGCCGACGCUGCAGUCCAGACUGCUCGAGAUGCCGCCGACGCCCAAGCCCUCGUUGCCAAGAGGGCCCUCGACGACUCCCAGCUCAAGGCCGAGGCCUUGGACCGAGCGUUGGCACAGAACGAGCAGCUUCAGCUCGACAUCGCCGCCGCGCAUGCUGCCACAAAGGUGGCGCAGGAAGACGCCAAAGACAAGGCCACGCUGGCGAGACGUGCUCAGGAUGAGAUUGCGUUGCUCAAACAAGCCCUCACCCAAGCCGGCGCGGCAGCAAAGGUGGCGCAAGACCAGGCCGUGGCCACGGUCGAGGCAGCGAAGCGCGACGCUGCCGACGAGGUGCGUCGUGCUUACACCCGCAUUGCGCUGCUCGAGGGCGACCUGGCUCAGGCCCACACCGCGACCGAGGCAGCCAAGGGCACCCGCACGACCGAGCUCCAGGCCGCAGUCGAAGCUAUGGCGUCCGAGAAGGUUGCGUUUAUGCAGUCGAAGCUCGCGCUUGCUGAGCGUACGAUGGACGACCUGACGGCAUCGCAACGCCGCGCGGCCGACCAAGUAGCCUCCAAGCUAAACGCACUCAACCGGCAGCUGGCCCUCGACGUCGCGCAACAGGAAGCCGCAUCUGAUCAGAUUCAAGCGCUCGAGGCAGCACUGGCACACGCGAUCGCCAAGGCCGACGCGCUGGAGACGCAGCUCGGCGAUGCGACGUCGGAUCUCAUUGCUUUGCGCUUUGACGUUCAUGAGCUGCGGAAAGCACGCGUCGCCGAGGUCUCGACGGCGAUCGAGGCCUAUGACGACACGGCGCGCACCAUCCAAGGCGUUGUGGAUGCAGCCAUCGACGAGGUCAGUCAUCGUGGCUUUUGCCGGCCAUCCAAGGUGACCGAGCGCAAGUGGGUGCUCCACCAAGCGCUUCUCGCCGCGUCCAAGGCGCUGUCCGUGACCACGGUCGGUCUGCGCCAGCUCCACUAA